GGCGGGGUUUAACGUGUGAGCCGCUCCACUGUUAGCAGCAGAAUCAGACCUGAUGGGACACGAGACACUAACACACCACAGAGACAGAGACAGAGGAAAAUGGUCUCAAACCGGAAUAAACCACUGACAGGACACUGCAAACAGCAUGGACUCUGAAUCUUUGGACCGGUGCAUCCAGACUGCUCUGUCAGUCCUCUACCCGCCCUUCCAGGCCACGUCCCCGACUGUCCUCUGUCAGGUCCUCAGCGUGGUGGAGAGCUACUACAGAGGAGACGGCCUGCGCUACCUACUGCACUUCCUGUUGCCUGCCAAGCAAUUUUUAGUAAACAUCCAACAAGGUGCCUGUUUGCAGUACUGUGGCUCGUUGUUUCGUCAUGAAGGUUGGCCUCUGUGCAUCCAUGAGAAGGUAGUGAUUCAGCUGUGUCCUCUGGAUCAGCGCCUCCUCCACCCAGGAGACUUCUACCUGCUGGUUUCUCCUCCUCCUCCUCCUGCUGCUGCUGCUCCUCGCCCAUCUCGAACACACAGCGCCUCCUGCAGGAGAGCUGUGACCUCGUGCCCCCGCCUGCUCCUGUGCAGCGUGUCGGCUGGCAGCCAUCAUGUGGAGCAACAGGAGGUGUCGGAGUUAGCCCUGCGCUCCCUCUUCAGCAUGGCCUGGAUGGACUCUGUCAACAGGGAGAGGGAGCAGCGAGGGGCGUCCAGGCUGGAGCGCUGCCUCCUCUCUGCCCAUGGAGACGUCUUCAGAGUCCCCUGGGAGGAUCUGAUCUACCCACAAUUCAUCAGCCGACCUGACGCAUCCCUGAAGGAGGACCAGGAGUCGUCUGUUAAGUGUGGAGAUGAGUUAGUAAACACAUCACACAAUCCCUGUAGACAUUCUGAUACCUCGACACAGGAUGUAAAUCUCUUCCCAUCUUCUACAAAAAGUGACCAACCACCAGUGAGUGGCGAGGGCGAGGACUCAGAGGGCGAGUAUGUGGAGCUGACAGAGCUGCCGCUGCCUCGCUUCUCCCCACAGAAAGGCUCCUUAACCCAGUCCAUCAGUCUGCAGCUCCGAGCCAGGACCAGCACACAUUCCUCUGCACACCCCCCACAAAACGCUCCUGCUUCGUCAGGCAAUCAUCAAACCACUAACACACGGUCCUCCUGGGCCUCUGUGGAGGUCAGCUCCCACACCAGGCUUCGCUCCAUGCGCAUUGAGGAGACACUCAGUCAGGACUCCUGUGCACCUGUUAUUCUCGCCCCCAUCUCCCCCACCUCCCUCUCUCCCUGCUCCUCCUCUGCUCCUCCUGAAUUCGUGGAAACCUCCAGCUUUCAGAUGAAGCACUGGACUCGACAGGAGCAAACAGAAGGUACCAAUUCAGGCAGGAGUUUGAAGCUAGACAGUCACCCUGCAAACUGCACAGAACACAGAGGGGAGGCCGACGGGGAGCAGGGUGAGGAGGGGGUGGAAGCAAAGGGGGAGACAGAGGAAGAGAGGGAGGAGGAAAGGGUGAUGGAGGGGCAGAAAGGGACGCAUGACAUUUUAGUGUCAGGUGAUGAAGGUGAAGAGAAGAAUAAAGAGCUGGAGGGCAAGGAGUGCAGAAGGGAAGUUUUACUGCUGCAGAAGGAUGAGACUGAAGACAUGGAGGCAGAGGUGAAUGAAGAAGGUAAUGAUGAGGUAGAGGUAGAAGAGGAGGUUCAGCUUAUAAUUGUGCAGCAGAAUCAAGAAAGAAAACAAGAGGUGCAAGUAAUGAGAGAAGAUGAGAGAAAAGAUGAUUACAGAGGAGGGGAACAAGCACAGACACACACUGAGGACUCUUAUUCUGAAAACACACCACAGACGCACACUGAGGACUCUUAUUCUGAAAACAGACCACAGACACACACUGAGGACUCUUAUUCUGAAAACACACCACAGACACACACUGAGGACUCUUAUUCUGAAAACACACCACAGACACACACUGAGAACUCUUAUUCUGAAAACACACCACAG